GACGCGGGGCCGGAUGCGGAGCCGGGGUCCGGCCUGGGGCGGCUGCCGGCCGGGGGGGCGGCUCGACAUGAGCCACGGCUUCGUGCGGCACAUCCGGCGGAACCAGAUCGCCAGGGACGACUACGACCGGGAGAUGAAGCAGGCCAAGGAGAAGGUGAAGAAGAGGCACACGCCGACCCCACCCCGGCCCAGGAAACCCGACCAGCAGGUGUACCACCCCUGCCGGAGAAGUCGAGCUGACCCAGCCUGCGGCCUGGAGUACGAGGGGUCUAGCGAGAGCAGCUCCAGCACCGAGCCAGACCCCCGCAGCACAGAGCUUUUUUGCCUCGAGUAUGAGGCCGACAGCGGCGAGGUCACCUCGGUCAUUGUACACCAGGAUGACAGCCCUGAGGAGGUGACGGAGAAGGUCUGUGCCCGGAGCCCACUGGAGCCGCCCCUGCGUGAGGCCCUGAGGCAGCGGGUGCAGGAGGAGCUGCGGAAGCGGCGGGCGAAGCGCUGAGGCCCAUGGUGGCUGUGCUGGAUGGGGAGCCGGGCGCAGAGGGGGAGCUGCAGCACCCUGGCUGCGGGGGUUGGAGGCUGUGCAGGCUCCUCCUGCACCCGGGGAGCGAGAACCCGGUUGCCCCAAGCUCCCACAGACUUGCUGAGUGGCUUUGUUCCCUGUCGCUCGCAGCCACCCCCAGCAGCCAGGGCCCAGCGCUGGUGCCCCCAGGAGGAGCUGGCUGCUAGGUUGGAGUCCUGAGCAGGGCGGCCUGGGGGUCCUGGGAACUGGGGCAGAUGAAGCCCUGGGCACAGCCUGUGUGAGAGGAGUCUUGUCCAGCCUGGUAAUGCCUGGAGGGUGCACUGGUGCUGACAGGCCCCAUGAAGCCACUCUGCCCCUAUGGUCCUCCAGCCUCCCCUCCCUCAGGAUCUCCCGCCCCCCUCGCCUCAAGGUCCACUCACCCCCAGCCUCCCAUCCCCCUAGAGUCCCCCUGUCCCCAUUCCCCUGGCUCACCGGUCAACCUGCCCCCUGACUUCCAUGCCCCCAGCCCUAGAGUCCCCCUGUCCCCAUUCCCCUGGCUCACCGGUCAACCUGCCCCCUGACUUCCAUGCCCCCAGGGUCCCCCAUUCCCAUUCCCCCAACUCUCACCUCCUGGGGUCCCCUAUUCUCUGCUCUAUGGGUGGCUGAGCUGCUCCCUGUUCUGGCUUAGUUCCCACGGGGGACUCACACCCAGGCAGACUGUUUUGUUUAAGGGAGCUCUGCGGCUGGUUGAAGGUGCCAGGGUGUUGGCCAGCACACAGCACAGGACCUGGCAGCUGGGGCGAUGGCCAGAGGGCACCAGGAUUGGGCUGGUCCCUGAGAGGUUCCCAUGAGCCCCAUGCCCCUACCCAGGCAGGAAUGUGCCACAGAGCCCUUUAGGGGACGCCCUGUGUCCUGGAUCGGGGAACCGGCCGAACCCCAUUGGAUCUUCCCUACGCACAUGGUGGAACCGCUCCCUUGGCGCCGGGCUGCAUCAGGCGUCUUGGCUCUAGUGCCCAUUGGCCCCGGGGCGCUGGAGAAAUGAAUGAGCCCCGUGCUCCAGUGCCAUGGCCAACCAGGCCUGCCCCAGGUUGCUCUUGGCACCAGGACCUCAGGGCCCUGUGCUCGCGGCACCAAUAAACGUCCUGACAAAACAGAA